AUGACUAAUGGACAACCAAACCAUCUUAAUCAAGCUUCUAGCUCUCGUUCAUCUACUAGAGCUGAAAAACGAAAAGGGUAUAACAAAAGAUAUUAUGAUGCACGCAAAGAAAAUAACAAAGUCCCAAAAUUUGGGAGUAGUGAGGUCUCCCAAAGUGCUUCAUCACUAUCUUUAAUGAGUAAUAGGUCAGCAGAAAGGACACCGUUAAGAAGUUUACAGAGUAAUAUUACUCAAUUUACCCAAAUGACAAACAUGAACGCGUCAAGUAUUUCUACCGUGAAACGUAAGGAGUACAAUGGAAUGCAUAUUUCAAACGGUAGUCAAAUUACAUCAACCCCGACUAAUGAUGUUACGCCGACAACCACAUUCCCCAAUGUAAUUGAUGAAGUCAUUACCAGAACAUCACGAGGUGUUCGAAUUCAACCACGUACACUUUUACCUCAACUUUCUGAAGUAGUUGAUCAACCUUCCUUCCAAAAUGAGAAUGUAGAAGAUGAUCCAUAUAACUUUGUUUACGAUCGUUUACCUAGAGAACAUCGUGUUUUAAAAGAACGUAGUGCAUGUCCUGAUUGUGGAGCAAAACGUUUUCAAUUUGAAUUUGAUACCUUUUGUUGUAUGAGUGGGAAAACUGUGUUAGCAAAUUCAGAAAUUCCAGAGGAAUUGCACCGACUUUUCACAUCGCAAGAUGAAAUUGGAAAUAUUUUUAGGCAAAACAUUCGUGCUUAUAACACCAAUUUUUCUUUUGCCUCAAUGGGAGUGACGUUGGAUGAUACAUUGAACAAUAUGAGAGACGGUGUAUAUACUUUUCGUGCACAUAGAGGAAUAUAUCACAAAAUCGACCAAUUAGUUCCGAGGGAUGGAACCCCUAGGUACCUGCAGUUGUAUUUUUAUGAUCCUGAUGCCGAGUUAGAUCUCAGACUCCAAUGGCCAAAUCUUGAUCGUCGUAUUACUCAAAUUUUGACACGCGUUCUUUCUACAAACCCAUAUGUCGAUACAUUUAGAAGACUUGCAGAAUUAGGACCUCUGGACAACUAUAGAGUCACUUUGAAUGCUUCGGUUGAACUUGACCAAAGGGUGUACAACCGACCAACGACAUCGGAGGUUGCUGGUAUUUGGGUUGAAGGUAAUGACAAUAUCACUUCGUAUAAACGAAGUAUUGUUGUGUAUGGUAGGUCUGAAUAUAGCCAAACUAUUCAGCCGUACUUCAGUUGUUACGAUCCAUUGUCGUAUCCUCUAUUUUUUCCUAAUGGUGAGUCGGGUUGGCAUGCAAACAUACCACGUCACGGAGUAUCAAUAAAUGAGGUUCGCAACAAUGACAACAUCGAAGGAGAAAUGGAAGAGUCUAACACACGAAGUGGUAGAACAACCGUGGCUAUGCGAGAGUACUACUGUUACAAGUUCCAGAUUCGAUCUACCGAAAACGUGCUUCUGUUCGGUGGUAGACUGCUACAACAGUUUGUGGUAGAUGUUUACAUAAAAAUGGAGACAUCACGCUUACAAUUUUGUGAGAGAAACCAGGCUAAGAUACGUGCCGAUUUGUACCAAGGUCUUGUGGAUUGCGUCAAUGCUGGUGAGGUUCAUGCAAACAGAGUCGGGAAAAGAAUUGUGUUGCCUGCAUCUUUCAUCGGAGGUCCUCGCGACAUGCGACGUCGGUUUCUAGAUGCGAUGACUUUAGUUCAAGACGACGGCAAGCCUGAUAUAUUCCUUACAAUGACGUGUAAUCCUAAGUGGCCUGAGAUAUGUGAUAAUUUACAUGUUGGUCAAACUGCACAAGAUCGUCCAGACCUUGUUUCAAGAGUGUUCCGGGGUAAAUUAGAAGAUCUUAAGGAACAACUCUUCAAGAAACAUAUCCUUGGGGAAGUUAAGUCAUACGUUUAUGUCAUUGAAUUUCAAAAGCGUGGUUUGCCGCACGCACAUUUUCUCCUUAUCAUGUACCCGCAACACAAGAUCAAUAACGCCGACCAUUAUGAUAAGGUUGUGUGUGCUGAAAUUCCUAACAAACAAAGACAUCCCAAAUUGCAUGAGAUGGUUGUCAAGCACAUGAUUCACGGUCCUUGCGGAAAUUUACGAUUAAGCAGUCCUUGUAUGCAGGGUGAUCCUAAAAUUUGUCGUUUUCAUUAUCCUAGACAAUUUAAUGAACAGACAACACAAGGAGAAGAUGCGUAUCCGUUGUAUCGAAGGAGAGACACCGGGAUUGAAGUGGAUGUACGAGGAAAAACACUUGAUAAUAGAUGGGUGGUCCCAUAUAACCCAAGGCUUUUGAUGAUGUUUAACUGCCACAUCAAUGUUGAAGUUAUUCAAGUUGAUCAAAGUGAGCCAGGGGUUGUUGUUAAUGAGAUAAAGAGCUUUCAAGAUGCACGCUACAUAUCGCCCCCAGAGGCUAUGUGGCGCAUUUUUUCCUUCUCUCUUUCUCAAAUCUCUCCUUCUGUUUUAGCCUUACAGCUUCAUCUCCCAAAUAAUCAGAUGGUUAGAUUUAGAGAUGAUGACUUAAUGUCUAAUAUUGUUGAUAGGGAAAGAGAUAAGAGAACCAUGCUAACAGCAUUUUUUGAGAGAAAUAGAAUCGAUGAAACAGCAAGGGUAUAUUUGUAUAAAGAUUUUCCAAAACACUUUACGUGGAAUGGAAGCACACGCCGUUGGAAUCCUCGUGGCGGUAAAAAACAAAGAGGUCGUAUCGUUUCCGCUAAUCCAGCCGAAGGAGAAAGGUACUACUUACGCCUACUUUUGUCAAAUGUCAGAGGGCCUACUUCUUUUGAACAUCUUUGCACAGUUAAUGGUCAACGGUGUGAGACAUUACGAAAAGCAGCUCUUGAGUUAGGCUUAAUAGAAGACGAUGAAUAUCUAUCACAAUGUCUCGAAGAAGCCUCUACGUUUCAGUUUCCCAAUGCUCUUCGAAGGUUAUUUGCGACCAUAAUGAUUUUUUGCCAACCUGGAGAUAUUCGAAAGUUAUGGAAUGACCAUUUUGAAUCACUGUCUGAAGAUCAUCGGUUACACUGUCAAAGUAUAGAACGAGUUCAAAAUUUGGUUCUUACUGAAAUUAGUGUCUUCCUACAAUCCAUGGGUAAAAAUAUCAAUGAAUUCGACCUUCCUAAGAUAACAGACGAUGUUAACUUACAAGAUGCAGGUUGUCGUGAGUUACAAGAAGAGUAUGGAAUUGUUUUGGAACCUGAACACUUGAGUGCCAAAGAUUCACUUAAUCCGGACCAAAAAAACGUGUUUGAUGAGAUCAUGAUGCAUGUUGAUAAUGAUCUUCCAGGCGUGUUCUUUAUUGAUGGCCCAGGUGGAACUGGAAAAACAUUUUUGUACAUUGCCUUGCUUGCUGAAAUUCGGUCACGUGGUCUUAUUGCUCUCGCAACAGCUUCAUCAGGUGCAGCGGCUAAUAAUAUGCCAGGAGGUAGAACGGCUCACUCAAGAUUCCAGAUUCCUCUUAAUCUUGAAAAUAAUUCAAUGUGCAAUAUCAAAAAACAGAGUGGGGCCGCUAAACUGAUUCGGUCUGCCAAAGUAAUCAUAUGGGAUGAAGCGUCGAUGGCUAAACGACAGGCGAUAGAGGCAGUCGAUCGUACAUUCCAAGACAUUAUAGGCGUUAGUCUCCCAUUUGGUGGGAAGAUAAUGGUUAUGGGAGGUGACUUCAGACAGGUGUUGCCGGUUAUUAAACGUGGCACUCGAGCACAAAUUGUAGACUCCAGUGUACGAAUGUCACCUCUUUGGUCUUUGACUAAGAAGAUGCGGUUGACCAUAAAUAUGAGAGCGCUGAAAGAUCCAUGGUUUUCUAAAUUUCUUUUAAGAGUCGGCGAUGGAACUGAAGAACCAAUCGAAGGAAACUAUAUUCGCAUACCUGAUGACAUGACAAUUCAGUGCAACGACAGAGAAAACGCUAUAAAAGAAUUGAUCCAUGCCAUCUUUCCAUCAAUUGAAGAUAAUGUAUAUUCUUCAGAUUAUAUAAUCUCUAGAGCAAUAUUGUCCACUAAAAAUGAAAGUGUUGACGAGAUUAAUAAUCAAAUGAUUGAAAUUUUUCAAGGGGAGGAAAAAGUUUACUACAGUUUUGAUGAAGCUGAAGACGAUCAGCGUAACUUCUAUCCGGUCGAGUUCUUAAACUCGCUAAAUAUUAGUGGUUUGGCGCCUCAUAAGCUUCGUUUAAAAAUUGGAUGCCCAAUAAUAUUGUUACGUAAUAUCGAUCCAUCACAUGGCCUGUGUAAUGGCACGCGGUUGAUAUGUAAGGGUUUCAUGCGAAAUGUUAUUGAUGCGGAAAUUGCAGUUGGUCAACAUGCCGGAAAAAGAGUUUUUUUGCCAAGAAUCCCUCUAACCCUUUCUAAAGAUGACAUGUUCCCAUUCAAGCUGAAAAGAAAACAAUUUCCAGUUCGACUUAGCUUUUCCAUGACGAUUAAUAAAGCUCAAGGUCAAACAAUUCCGAACGUUGGUAUUUAUCUACCGGAUUCUGUAUUUUCACAUGGACAACUUUAUGUCGCGUUAUCAAGAGGGAUUUCAAGACAAAGUACGAAGGUGUUGGUACAUCUCGCCAAAGAAUUCAAACAACGCGGAGUUUACACAUCAAAUGUUGUCUACCAGGAAGUGUUGCGUGAUUAA